AUGGCAAGUCCUAAUUCAAACAGAGAACUAGUCAAAGUAAAAGGCAAGCCAUCACACUUGAACCGAAUCAUCAUCAUCUUCUUCUCUUACGCUUAACCAGGUCAACUCAAUCAAUCAACAGCGUUCCAAACCCACAUUCCAAUGGAACCCAGAUUCAGGUUUCUCCUCAUCCUCGUUCUCCUCGUCCUCGUACUCGUUAUCGUACCCUUGGAAGUGGAAUCCGCGUGCAAGCAGGGUUGUCCAGUGGCACUGGGGUCCUACUACAUGUGGAGCGGCUCCAAACUCACCUACAUCUCCCAGAUCAUGCCCUCGGCGCUUCUCACCAAGCCCGAGGACAUAGUGGCCUACAACAAGGACACAGUGCCCAACAAGGACAGCGUUCAGGCCUUCAUAAGGGUCAACGUUCCCUUCCCCUGCGACUGCGUCGACCAGCAGUUCCUCGCGCACACCUUUCAGUACGACGUUCAGUCGCAGGACACCUACGAUUACGUUGCGCGGACCGUCUUUGCUAACCUCACCGACGUUGCGUGGCUGAGGAGGUUCAAUAGUUACGCGCCUGAUAACAUUCCCGACACGGGAACGCUCAAUGUCACUGUUAAUUGCUCGUGCGGGAACAGCGACGUUGGCGGUUAUGGGUUGUUCGUCACGUACCCUCUUAGGCCUGGGGACACCCUUGGCUCUGUGGCUUCUUCUGUUGGGCUUGACUCGGGGUUGCUGCAGAGGUACAAUCCUGGGGUCAAUUUCAACCAAGGGACUGGACUCGUUUAUAUUCCUGGAAAAGAUCAAAAUGGUAGCUAUGUGUUUUUGUCGUCCAGUUCAGGAGCAGGUCUUCCUGGUGGGGCUAUUGCAGGAAUAGCUGUUGGAGUUGUGGCAGGUCUUCUGUUAUUGGGAGUUUGUCUCUAUGUGGGAUAUUUCCGGAAGAAGAAGAUACGGAAGGUGGAACUUCCACUAGAUUCCAGUGCACUCUUUGCUCAAGAUGGGAAGGAUGAAACCUCUCGUAGUAGUGCAAAUGAAACUUCCGGACCUGGUGGUCCUGCUGCCAUCACAGGCAUAACAGUGGACAAAUCGGUGGAGUUCACAUAUGAGGAGCUGGCAACUGCCACAGAUAACUUUAGCUUGGCUAAUAAAAUUGGUCAAGGUGGUUUUGGGUCUGUCUAUUAUGCAGAGCUGAGGGGAGAGAAAGCUGCAAUCAAGAAGAUGGACAUGCAAGCAUCAAAAGAAUUUCUUGCUGAAUUGAAAGUUUUGACACGUGUUCAUCAUCUUAACCUGGUGCGAUUGAUCGGAUACAGUAUUGAGGGUUCUCUUUUCCUUGUCUAUGAAUACAUUGAGAAUGGAAACUUAAGUCAACAUCUGCGUGGUGCAGGUAGUAGAGAACCUCUGCCAUGGGCUACUCGGGUGCAGAUUGCUUUGGAUUCUGCCAGAGGUCUUGAAUAUAUUCACGAGUAUACAGUACCUGUGUAUAUUCAUCGUGACAUAAAGUCAGCAAAUAUAUUAAUAGACAAAAACUUCCGGGGGAAGGUUGCUGAUUUUGGAUUGACCAAACUGACAGAAGUUGGAAGCUCAUCACUUCCCACUGGUCGCUUAGUUGGAACAUUUGGAUACAUGCCACCAGAGUAUGCUCAAUACGGAGAUGUUUCUCCCAAAGUAGAUGUGUAUGCUUUUGGAGUUGUUCUUUAUGAACUUAUUUCAGCUAAGGAAGCAAUUGUCAAGACGAGCGAAUCUGAAGCUGACUCAAAAGGCCUCGUAGCUUUGUUUGAUGGAGUUCUUAGUCAGCCGGAUCCUACGGAAGAUCUCUGCAAACUAGUUGAUCCAAGGCUUGGGGAUAACUACCCAAUUGAUUCAGUCCGCAAGAUGGCACAACUAGGUAAAGCAUGUACACAAGACAAUCCCCAACUCCGUCCAAGUAUGAGAUCUAUUGUGGUAGCACUUAUGACACUUUCUUCAACUACAGAUGAUUGGGAUGUUGGUUCCUUCUAUGAAAACCAAAAUCUUGUGAAUCUUAUGUCAGGAAGAUAAGAUGAUAUUGGAUCUCAAUUGUUUUGCAUUUACAAUCGUAUAUUUUUCACCAAUUUUAGGCAACACGACAAUUGUUGAAGCAAAUGAUGUGUGUAAAAUGGAUGUAGUUAUGAGGAAUUUGUACAUUUUUACUAGUCAGGACUCAGUAUAACGAGUGGAGGUUUUAACAAUUUUAUGAUAAGUCACAAAUCACAACCAUUGUACACAGUUAGUGUCUGAGAGAUGCAUCUUUUUUCUGCCAAGGUACAUUUAUCCUUGUAAAUUUGUAUAAUAAAUUCUAUUUGAGGCCUACUUUAUUAUUGGUAAUGGGUUAUGGGCCUUAUCAAUGUAGAUGAAGUAUUUCUAAUUACAUAAUACUUAUUUCAUUAUUGAUCGCAGUU